AUGUUUAUACUUUUAAAACUACUAGUACUCGUCCUAUUGAAAGUUUCAAUUUCAAUUGGAACUUCAAAUACAAUUUAUGUCGAUUCGUUGGAUGUGAUCAAACAACAUUUCUCAUCAUCAUCAUCAUCAUCAUCUUCUUCUUCUUCUUCUGGUCUACAAAUUUGUGGUGACCUAACCAACAAAUGCAACAACCUCAAGGAGGCAAUCUCCUCUGCCAAGGCAAUUGGACAGGAACAAGAAUUGGAAAUCAUCCUUAUGAAUCAAUUUUACAAUCAAUAUGAAAACACCGAAUUAGAUAUUAAUCACUUGAACUUGGUCAUUAGAUCAAUCGACUAUAGUUAUAUUGAUUGUAGCAAGGUGACAUAUGGUUUCAAACUAACAAAAUCCAAAGUUAAAUUUAUCAACGUUGGCAUCAAGGAAUGCAUUUCAUUGGUUGGAGGAGCCAUCUACUCGUACCAAUCAUCAAUAAUUGGGGAGAAUAUGGAUUUCUCUUUAAAUUUGGCAUUUACAUCUGGAGGUGCAAUACAACUAAUGGAUUCAUCUCUGAUUUGUACAGAUUGUACAUUUGAAAACAAUGAUUGUUCUCUGUCAAGUGGAAAGAUGAUUUUUGCCUUCAACUCAAGCAUCAACUUGAAAGCCCCCAAAGGGUGCAACUCAAAAUUGGGUUCAGCAAAUGAUAUAUACCUUUCUCAAUCACAAGGGGUCAUUUACAAUCCUUUAUCGAAAUCACAAUUUGGAGUAAGAUGCACCAGUGAUUCAAAAAUGCUUGUAAGGGAGGAAAAGCAAUUGAUCCCUAUCUGCAACACGGUGUCAUCUUGUUCAUUUUCAUCCAUCCUUCGCAACACUCAAUUUGCAAACAACAAUAACAAUAAUUGUCUCAACAAAAAGUGUCACUUUUCUGGUUCCUACAUCUAUCUUUUUAAUCUCUGCCCAUUUGCGGCGAAUAAUAUUCAACAUUGUCCAGUCGAAGGUUUCCCAAAACCUCUUCAAAAUAUUGGAUUUGACCAGUUGAUCACCUCAGCAACUCAUUAUGGGUUCAUAAAGACAUUUAUUGAACCCUUGUCAUCAUUCUCAGUCAAACCAAUUAGAGUCAAGAUAUUUGGACACAAUCUUGGGGUUGGUCUCAAAAUCAAUCAAAACCAAACCAUUAUAGAUUCUCUCACCCCCAAUCAAGAUUUUGACCAUAUGAUACAAAUUCCAUUGUCAAACAGACACCACACAGAAAUAUUUUUGGAAUUUAGGACAAUGGAGACACCAUCAAAAGCAUCACUUCAUUUUGAGUUCAUUGAUCCAGUAGAUUUUUCCCACAUUUACUCAAAUGAAAUUGAUAAACCAUCUGAAUGUGGUCAAGGGGAUCGUGUUUGUAGUGGUAUACCAAGUGAUUGUAUUCUCAAUUGCUUUGACCAAAUCGGAACAAAUUGCCCUUCCCAAGUCGAUCCUUUGAAAGUAUCUCAUCUACCUAAAUUGGAUACAUUAUCAUAUUUAAUGGACAACCAAUAUUUUUUUUCUUUACCAGGCCUAAUUCAUUUAGCACAUGGAGUUGACCUUAAAACUGGUGACGAAACUGAAAAUGUUGUAUUUGACUUUGGCUAUUGCAACAACUCGAGUUUUAAAGUUAUUCAAGAUGUUGCAAGGGGUGUGAUUUAUAGUGUGCCACCAGAGUUUGACGUUGAGCUUGUCCCAUUCUGUGAGAGUGAGAGCAGUUCUAAAAUGUACCAAUCAUCUCGCCAACACCAACGUGAUUUGGCAACACAAAGUGGCAUGAGCGCGUCAUUCUCAAUUGGUGGUGGAGCAAAAUCGUAUUCUGCCUCGCUGGAUGCUGCCUACUCUAGUAGCCAAGAAGUUCAGACCACGUCCAACCAAGAGACCAAGAGUGGUGGAACCACCUUAUCCACCUCAAUAAAAUGCUCUAUCUCCUCAGUCUCUCGAAAUGCCAUUCGAUUCCAUGUAUCUUUUAUCCAAGAGCUUGCAGAGAUUACAUCUUCUCAGGAAAUGAUUUAUUUUAUAGAAAAGUUUGGAUCAUUGUACUAUAAAUCUGCUGUUUUGGGUGGUAGUUUGGAAUCAAUCACAACAACUCAAACGUCGUCAUUGAAGACCAACAACCAUCUGGAUGUCAAAAAACAAGCUCAAGCUUCUUUCUCGGCUCAAAUUAGUACGCCCUAUGGCGGCGGUGGUGGAUCUUAUUCCCAAGACGAUGAAAGUCAAGAUGUGCAAGACACCAACGAGGAGUUUGAACGCUCAACGACAAAAAGUAAAUUGUUUGUUAAUGGUGGGUCACCUGGAUCUUUUGGUCCCGACACAACCUCACCCAGCUCAUUUAACGAGUGGGCAGAGUCAAUUGACCAAAGACCUCAACCAAUCAAAUACGAUUUAGAUAUAAUUGGAAAUAUCAUUCCAAGCUCUUGGAUACUUCCCAAGCCAAUUGAAAAUUAUACAACAUAUCAAGAACUUUGGUUUGCUGGGUAUCAUCUCUAUGUCACCAAGGAUCCAGUCCCUCUUCCAGAUCCAAAUUAUGAGAGAAUGAAUAUACAUUUCUUGGCCAGCACAUCACACAAACGAACACUCAAUGACACUGAGCGUCAAAUGCUUGGUCAAUUAUUUUGGACUCUUACUUGCCAUUCAAACUCGUCUGUCAAGUUGGACAUGGGACCAUUCGAUCUAAGUGGAGCUGUCAACUGUGCAAACAACAAAUGUUUAAAGACAUUUUCCAUACCUUGGGUACAGGUUUGGGAAAUUGGACGCUUGAAUAUAUCGUAUCUCGACAAAAAUCAAAAUAUGGUACCUUUAAAUGUUACAAAUUAUUUCGAUAAAAUCAUCAUUCAUACCAUCACAACAGCUUACUCGAGAGGAUAUGUUUUUGUCCCCAACAUUACCGAAACUACUACGUGGAUUGAAAUCAACACUACCAUAUCACAUCCUAUUAAUUCAACAACUAUUAAUACCGUUGUAAUAACAACCACCACAACAAAUAGUACCAAACCACCAACAAAAUACACAGUCACCAACUUAAAUAUUACCAACACUACAAUUUCUGAUGCUCUACAGACCAACACCUCAUUGGCGUUGAGUAACUUUACCACUCACGAUACCCUACAACCCCUCCAACCCCUCAAUAAUGCUUCAAAUAGUGGUCAUUUGCAUGUCUACUACACAUUGGUAGGUGGAAGCGCAGUCAAUUCUGCACCAAGUUCUAGUGGAUUCGACCGACCAAGGUCCUCCGAUCCCAUACUGAUUCUCAGAUUUUGUAGACCACAAAGCAUUGAUUGCACUGAAAAUAUUGGAGGUGAAAAUCUAUCCCUUCUUUACAUUAAAAUGUUCUCGUCUGCAAUCAAUGGAACAAAUUCUGCUUCUUCACCAUUUGAUAAUGGAGUUACCUAUACUAUGUAUCCAAAUACUGGUUAG